AUGGCAUCACCUUCCCCUCCCACGAUGAACGUCAACGGCGCUCUCACCACCGUCACGCCAGACAUGUUACGCGCCUCCUCUGAGGAACCGCUCACCGACGACGUGGUCAAAUCCGUCAAAGACGCCCGAGCUGCUACUGUACGGACUCUUCUGGACAUACGUCUCCCGCAGAAAGAGCUUCCCGAGGACCUGACAUUCGAUUCCAAUACAUGGAUCGGUGAGGGCCAGAAGGAACCACCGCUGAUGCACUUCGGCUUCGCCAUGUCCUGGAAACAAGUGAUUGCGUGUCUAAAGCGCCAUGACGCUCUGAAGUCCAUAGCGUUCAACCCGAAGCUAAAAACCAAAGAUUUACACCGUCAUCUGGGACUCGCGGACAAGACCAGGCUGCGAGACCAUCUUCUGAUGGCUAUAGCGUUCAAGACGCACAUAGAGUUCUCGUUGAAUGAGUGUCUGACCCCCAAGGGAGUGUGCGUUGUCAUAUCUCUGUAUACGAACUACUCGAAGGGUUUAGACGAGUGGAGCGCGGAUGAGAACAGACAUCGGGAGGUUGUGAAUGCGGUUCGCGACUUCCUGCAGUCGAAGACCUACGAUGCGGAUAAGCACCUCAGCUGGUACUGGGAUGCGAGAUGGUGCGGGCUUGGAUACUCCGCACCGAAUGACACUUAUAAUCCUUGGCCUGCGGCGGAUAAUGGUAGAUGGAGGACCCAUUUCGAUGAUCGCUCACCCGACGAAGGGAGGGCCAGACGCACUUUGGACGCGAAAGGCAAUUAUUUGUAUUAG